CUCUCCGCCCCGCAUUCCCGGCGCAAUCACGUGACUGGCAGAUUCUCACGUGAUUCAGAGCUCGGUUCCUGCCCUGAGCGAGAGGCUGCGCGGCGAUGGAGCUCCGGUGCCUGUGGACCGCCUGCCUCUGUGUCGCCGCCGCUGCCGCUGCCCGCUGGGCUCCGGAGCCGGACCAGCCUUUCCGGAUCGGCGAUGGGUGGCGGUCGCUGGGCCGCCUGGCCCCCUCCGAGAUGCUGAGCCUGACGUUCGCGCUCCGGCAGCAGAACGUGGGCCGCCUGACACGGCUGGUGCAGGAGGUCUCCUCUCCGGACUCUGCGCAGUAUGGGCGGUUCUUGUCGCUGGCGCAGGUGCAGGCCCUGGUGGCCCCCUCCUCUCUGGCGCUGGGCACUGUGCACAAAUGGCUGGAGCUUCACGGCAUCCGGGACUGCAGCGCGGUGAGCACCAUGGACUUCCUGCAGUGCCAGGUGUCGGCUGGCGCGGCAGAGCGCCUGCUUCCAGGUGCGCAGUUCCACCGCUACGUGAACGGUGAACGCAGCAUUGCGAGGUCCCCGUUUCCCUACACCUUAAAUGAAGAGCUGGCGGAGCACAUCGAUUUUGUGGGCGGCCUCCACCGGUUCCCAGCUGAAAGGAAGGUGGUAAGUCGGGCCUGGACCACACAGAGGGCAUUGCCACGACACGGAGUGCUGCCCACCUUCCACCUGGGCGUGACGCCAGCUGUGGUCCGCCAGCGCUACAACCUGACGGACAAGGAUGUGGGUGACUCCCAGAACAGCAGCCAGGCCUGUGCACAGUUCCUGGAGCAGUAUUUCCACGAGGCGGACCUGGCCGAGUUCAUGCAUCUCUUUGGGAAGGGCUUUCCGCACCGCUCCAGCGUCGACCAGGUCGUGGGGCACCAGAGCCGAGGCAGCGCUGGCAUAGAGGCCAGCCUGGACGUGCAGUACCUGAUGAGCACUGGGGCCAAUAUCUCCACCUGGGUAUUCAGCAACGCAGGGAGGCACGAGAGCCAGGAGCCGUUCCUGCAGUGGCUGCUGCUGCUCAGCAACGUAUCCGCCUUGCCGUGGGUGCAUUCCGUGAGCUACGGCGACGACGAGGACAGCCUGUCUCGGGCCUACAUGGAGCGGGUGAACGUGGAGUUCAUGAAGGCAGCUGCCCGGGGGAUCAGCAUCUUAUUCGCCUCAGGUGAUUCGGGAGCAGGUUGCCGGGCGAUCUCUGCAGGCAGACACGUCUUCCGACCCAGUUUCCCAGCCUCCAGCCCUUACGUGACCACAGUGGGUGGGACGUCCUUCCGGAACCCCUUCCUGGUGAGUGCCGAAGUCUCAGACUACAUCAGUGGCGGAGGAUUCAGCAACGUUUUCCCCAUGCCCAGUUACCAGGCGGCGGCUGUGAAGCAUUUCCUGAGCUUGGCGCCCAAACUGCCUCCCGCCACCUACUUCAACGCCACCGGGAGGGCGUACCCUGACUUGGCCGCGCUCUCCGACAACUACUGGGUGGUGAGCAACCGCAUCCCAGUGCCCUGGAUCUCCGGCACCUCGGCCUCGACUCCUGUGGUGAGCGGCAUCAUAGCUCUGAUCAAUGACCGGCGACUGCAGCACGGGCGGCCGCCUCUGGGCUUCCUCAACCCUGCUCUCUACCGGCUCCAGGAUCGGGGCAACAGCAGUGCCCUCUAUGACGUGACCCAGGGAUGCCACCUGUCAUGCCUAGAUGCCACCGUGGAGGGCCAGGGCUUCUGUGCUGCUCCCUCCUGGGACCCUGUCACAGGCUGGGGGACACCCAACUUCCCAGAGCUGCUGCGUGCCCUGUUGGGCUAACGGCCGAGACCGGGCGCGGGGGCCCUUCCUUCCAGGCCCCAGCCGCUGGGGUGGGAGUGGGUUUGCGGGGGAGGGGCUUGCUUUGUGGCCUUGGUGGUGGAAGGGGGGGGUUCUGCGUCAGCUUGGAGGUGGGUACCUGUAUAAGGUGCGUGUAUAAAGGACGGGCUCUCCUAAGCUUUGUCGAAGUUGAGGAAACUCCUGUUUGCCUGCUUUCAAAUGUAGGGCCUGUAACGCUCACAUUUCAGUCUUCAGUUCAGGGCAGCAGAUCCAAGGGAAGGGCCCCCCACCCCCACUGAGGCGGCAGCAGCAGCAGAGGGUAAAGUGUGGCCCACAACCACCUGGCUUCUCCAACCCUUGGGUGUCUGUGCAGGGGAGGGGUGGGACUGCUCCAGGCAAAAGGCCUCUGUGAGAGAGCUCUAGGCCCUCUUGGCUAACGGGUGGCAACCUCACAGGGCGGCUUUAAGCGUGGGCCAGGGAAGCUCCUUCUGGCUUGCCUCUGACAAGGCCCUCAGGCUCGGGAGGGGCAGGGCUGGGCUGGCCAGGCCUGGGUGACUGCAUUUCUGUGUGCUUGGCUGCUGGGGCGGGGGCGUUUGCACACUUGCGUAGGCAGGAGGGUACGCGAUUGGUAGAACAAGUCAGGGGGCCAGCAGUGCCGUUCCACAGUGGUGAGUUCUGCAUCACAGCCCUUGAAGGUGUGCCCCCCGCCACACACACACGUAGAGAGCGGUGCGUGGGUGUGGGUGUGCUGCCAGAGCCCUUCUGGCCACAAAGGGGGGGAGUUGUCUCUGUGGCAAACCCUCUGCUCAGAUGCUCUCAGGGAGCCCUUUGCAACGCUUCACCAGAGUCCCCUCACUGCAGUUGAGGUUUGCGACUCCGCCCACCCCCCUACAUGUGAAAUAUCGGCUCAGCCCCCCUCUUUUACUCUUAGGAUGGGGCCAUCCGGUCAUUGGAAAGCCAGAGCUGAGCUCUGAACCCAGGCCCAACCUGGUGGCUGUAUCCAGCACACGUGGAGGAGACGGACGGCUGGCUGGGGAGGCCCUGACCCCGCUGCAGGGCUUGAGUAUCCUGGGGGGCAGGCGAAGGGGGAGGGGGAGCCAGAGGCAACCAGCUUCCCCACUUCUUCCUCAUUUGCAAAGGCAGCUGGGAAAUCUGGCCCAGAUGCUCCCUGCUCCGGCCUGCUCUUCCGCUGCCCCGCCAGCAGACCCCAAAUUAACAGAUCCGCCCCCCCCCCCCCCCACACACACACACCUCGCCCCACAUGUUGAUUGUCAUGGAGCAUUUCUGCCCAAUACAUCUGUUUUCUGCUUCAGGACUGUUUUGUAUACAAAGCUUUGGCAUUCUGAAAACAACGUCAUUUGAAUGCUGUUUUU